CGUUUGCUUGUGUGUACUCGCGCGGAUCGUCCGUCGUCGCGAACUUCGGAAAAACUUUUGUUUCGAUUGUUGCCGUUGAAAUUGUUCCCAUUUAUUGUUGCAGUGAUUGUUUUUCGUUAAUUAAACGUAUCUAUUGUGCCACCCCGUUGCAUUUAGCCGGUAAAUCUUCCUGAAUUUACAUCAAAAGUGCAAUAUUUCUCGUGGGACCGCAGCAGCCGAUCUUCUGGAAGUUCAUCGAACCCUUUCUCCGCUCCACCGCGACCAGAACUCGACGAAGCAGCGCAACAUAAGUGACAGCAUUUUCGUGGGAACGUCAAACGACUGACAGCAUAAUUCCGCGGACGCCGCCAUGUUCGAAUGAUUGCUGGUGUUGGUCGGUCGGGUCGCGGACGGAAGACGACGACGACGACGUUUGUUGAUUUUUUGGUGCCGUCGCGAAAAUAUUUUGUGGUGAUCCAAGAAUUUAUCAGUGUUUUCCUAUCUGUUUUAUUGUAAAAUUCAAGUGAGGUGUGUUUACUCAACGUGCGAAUACCGGCUGCAGUUCGAACGGACCGAAUUUCAUCAGAACCAGUGUGUUUGCCUGCCGUUGCGCGAUAAGUUUGGUGGCCUGAUAAAAGAUUGAAAAAAGUCCGGGACCACCGAUUCCCGUUAGGUUUCUUUGCUUGGGUCUUGGGGAGGAAAAUUUUCUCGCACCCGUCGUGAGUGAGUGAGUUCCAGUGUUGGAUACCAGCCAAACUACGGCGAAGACGACGGCGGAGUUGUUUGCGUAACGACGACACUACACCAGGAUGGAUGCCAGCGAUCGAGGUUUCGAUGCCGCCCUCGUUGGUCACAUGGGUCCUCUGUCGCCCCAAGACAUGAAACCCGAUCUCAAACCGGACAUAUCGCUCCUCAACGGAAGUGUGGGCCCGUUCUCGCCGGGCAACAACUGCGGCCCGGCCAGUCCCGGUACGUUCAACCAGCAGGUCGCGGCAGCCCUUCAACAGCAACAGCAGAAUGUCAACAACAGUCUCAACAGUCAGCAGCAAAAUUCUGGCGGCGGCGGCGGCGGAGGUGGAGGUGGGGGAGGGACACCCACUACCCCCACCAACAUGAGCCAACAGUAUCCGCCAAAUCACCCGCUCAGCGGUUCCAAGCAUCUGUGCUCGAUCUGUGGCGAUCGGGCCAGUGGAAAGCAUUACGGUGUUUAUAGCUGCGAAGGAUGCAAAGGAUUUUUCAAGCGGACGGUACGGAAAGACUUGUCCUAUGCCUGCCGGGAGGACAAGAACUGCACGAUAGACAAACGCCAAAGAAACCGCUGCCAGUACUGCCGGUAUCAGAAAUGUCUCGCCUGCGGUAUGAAGCGGGAAGCCGUCCAGGAGGAGCGGCAACGGAGUUCCAAGUUUUCCAUUAAGAGUGAAGAGAUCAAUUCGACCAGUUCGGUGCGGGACGUGACUAUCGAGCGAAUCCAUGAGGCUGAACAGUUGAGCGAACAGAAAAGCGGUGAUAAUGCGAUCCCAUACCUCCGGGUCGGGUCCAACUCGAUGAUUCCUCCGGAAUAUAAGGGAGCCGUUUCGCACCUUUGCCAGAUGGUGAACAAACAAAUCUACCAGCUGAUAGACUUUGCCCGCCGGUUGCCCCACUUUACCAACCUCCAUCGGGACGACCAGGUCAUGCUGCUGCGGUGUGGCUGGAACGAGAUGCUCAUCGCGGCCGUCGCUUGGCGGAGUAUGGAGUACAUCGAAACGGAACGCUCCCCCGAUGGUAGCCGGAUAUCGAUUCGGCAGCCGCAACUGAUGUGCUUAGGACCAAAUUUUACCCUGCACCGGAACAGCGCCCAGCAGGCUGGGGUUGACACGCUGUUCGAUCGCAUUCUGUGUGAGCUCGGAAUCAAAAUGAAAAGACUGGAUGUGACCCGAGCUGAGCUUGGGGUUCUCAAAGCGAUCAUACUGUUUAAUCCCGACAUUCGAGGGCUUAAGUGCCAGAAGGAGAUCGACGGGAUGCGGGAGAAAAUCUACGCCUGUUUGGACGAACAUUGCAAACAACAGCAUCCCUCCGAGGAUGGUCGAUUCGCACAGCUUUUGCUGCGGUUACCGGCCCUGCGAUCGAUCAGCCUCAAGUGUCUCGAUCACCUGAACUUUAUACGGUUGCUCAGUGAUAAACAUUUGGACAAUUUUAUCAUCGAGAUGCUCGAUAUGCCGAUGUAAGGAAAGCAUCCUAAACUAUAAAACAAGCUAACUUGUGGUUCGAAUCAAACUAAAAAAAAUGAAAAUGAAAUCAAACACGUUCACUGCAUUCUUCUCCUCAUCACAUUAUCGAUUAUGUUUAUUUACUACAUAUUUCUGUAGACUUUUACUUUCUGCGGCUGUAGAAAGCUUGAAUUUUAGGAAUUUUCUCAUUUCCUAAAAACCUUAUUCUAUGAAGUUUUAAGCAAGUUGUAGGACUCAGUAACUUAUUAAAUGAUAAAUUUAUUUUAAUAUAUAUAAAGUAUGAGUUUAAAGUAAUGAAAAUGGUGCAAAUAGAUUUUAUGAAAAAUCGAUCUAAGAUUACAAAAAAGAAACACUGUUGAUACAAAAAAAGAUGAUGAAAUAAACACGUUUAACUUUAUUCGCAGAUAGAUAAACAUAGAACAUCUAA